AAUUAGUAUACACGAAAGAAGAAGCAGAAGCAAACAUUAUUUUUGUUUUACGCAAAGGAAUUUAACCGAGAAGGCUUUUUCAUAAAAUAAAUUGAGUUAUGCGUCCAACAGAAGUGAAACUAAACAAUUCCCCAGAUGAUGCUAUAUCGGCGGUAAAAUUUGGGCCCAAAACAAAUCAAUAUCUCAUUGCUUCGGCCUGGGAUGGAACGGUGCGGUUCUACGAUGUCGUGAACAAUGCCAUGCGACAGAAGUUCGUCGAGGACAUGCCCGUAAUGGAUGUCGCCUUUAUGGAUAUUGUGCAUGUUGUAAGUGGCUCACUCGACAAACAGUUGCGCCUUUACGAUGUCAAUACGCACACCGAAAACAUUGUUGGCUCACACGAUGAUGCAGUACGUUGUGUUGAAUACGCUGAAUCCGUAAAUGGUAUACUAACUGGCAGCUGGGACAAAACGAUCAAGUUGUGGGAUAUGCGGGAAAAGCGUUGCGUCGGCACCUACGAACAAAGUAACGGGAAAGUGUAUUCAAUGUCGGUAAAUGAUGAAAAAAUUGUCGUAGCCACCUCAGAUCGCAAAGUGCUCAUUUGGGAUUUGCGCAAAAUGGAAGAGUAUAUGAUGAAGCGCGAAUCAUCGUUGAAGUAUCAAACACGUUGCAUACGUUUGUUUCCCAAUAAGGAGGGUUAUGUGAUGUCUUCCAUUGAGGGACGUGUUGCUGUCGAAUAUUUGGAUCCUGAUCCAGAAGUACAGAAGCGUAAAUUUGCUUUCAAGUGUCAUCGCAAUAAAGAGGAUAGCAUUGAACACAUUUACCCAGUAAACGCUAUAAGUUUUCACAAUGUUUACAACACCUUUGCGACGGGCGGCUCGGAUUGUUUAGUGAAUAUUUGGGAUGGUUUCAAUAAAAAGCGCCUCUGUCAGUUCCAUCAAUAUGAUACGUCAAUCUCAUCACUAAACUUCAGUCAUGAUGGCAGCACUCUAGCCAUUGCCUGCUCCUAUAUGGAUGAAUUCGAAGAACCGCCUGCAAGUGUGCCUAAUCCCGUUAUUUAUGUGCGCUAUGUAACCGAUCAAGAAACGAAGCAAAAGUAGGUCAAAUAGUAGGCUUGCAGGAUAAGUAUACGUCAGUCAAGGUGGAAUUUUACCAUUACACGGUAUACUACAAUCAAAGCAAUCCUUUCUGCGUAUUUAUUUAUCUACAAAUGGUUUAGUUUAUUUAUGAUUUGAGACGAAGAAUAGCCAAGAACUGUAAUACUUAACACCCUAAACUACAGCAUCAUCCGCGUUAUAAUACCACUCCACAUAUUGCAGAAAGUCCUGGCGAAUACGCGUGCGGACCAUUUUUGAAAUAUGUAAGCAAUUGUGCGCAUUUUAUGAAAUAAAAAUUAUAAAAAAUUACGUCAUAUUAAUUUUGACGGCAAUUAUUAUAAUACAAAUUUAUAACAAUCAGUUAAUAUCUUUUCAUGCAAUCUGCCCGGAGAAAUGAAGACUCUUUGUCAAAUACGGCAAAUUAAUAUACAAAUGUAAUUUUAAUCACCA